CUCAAUAUGCGUUCUUGUCUGUACUUGCGUUCUUGUGGACUUGUGAAACGUCAUCAGUCGCGGCCCAAGUACUGUUCCAAUUCAAAGUUCGCAUCAAGCCCAAGUUCACAUAAAAUCCCCGGAUGUGUUCUUGAUCCGCCCAUUUUAUCGAGGAUGCAUCAGAGGAGACUUGUGUGGACUUAUGAGAGCGAAGUUUCCCAGAAUGCAUUUCGCGUCAGGAGUUCGUUCUUCCGAGUCUGAACUUGCAAGUUCGAACUACGAAGGACACAAGUCCGAGUUUGGCGUACUUGGUAUUGAGAAACGGCUCAAGUUUUUAGGUAAAUAAAUGACUGGUUUCACACAAAAUCUGCACACUUUAUUUUUUACUGUAAAACCCUGUUUUUUAUAACCAGUAUUAACUUGUUUGAUGUACUUGUCAGAGUAUAGUGUUUCAAUACACUGAUUGGUUGAGCAUUUUUGUCUGUACUUUGUAACAAGAGACUCGUCCAGCUCUAAAACCUCUGCAAACGAUAUCAUGUUUUGACACUAAACAAUGAGGGCUGUGCCAAUAUUACUGUAAGGAAAAUUUAAUCCAUUGUCAAUGCUUAAAUAUGACUGGGAACUUGAUGUUAAAUUUCAUCCUCCCUGCAUGCCCUUUACGAUAAAAAACAUGGUUUUACUAAAGUUAAAAAAGCAUGGUUACUGUCAAAAAACAUAGUUAAACCAUGUUUAGUUUAGGUUUUGCUGAUAGUAAUCAAUACACCAAAAAAAAAAACAUGGUUACUACAGUUUUACCACAAUAAAUCAAUGGUUAAUUUUCAUAAGGGUGGUAUCCGGGUAACUCUUUUUUUUCCCCAUUUUCAGGAGACGUUUAUUCUUAAAAAGAAGUUUAGUCUUUUAUUCCAGAGUGAAUGAGAAAGGAAACUCUUGUGUGUGAGCCCAGAGUCCUCAUUAGCACACUACAGUUGUCUCACAGGUCUUGUGAUGGAACAGGCAGAGCCUGAAAACGAUGCUCAAGAUGCUCCUCCCCUUCUUUCCUUCUCUACAAGUUAUCAUGCUGAUAGUUUAAUAGAAAAUCUUUGCAGCUUUUUCAAAUGGCUGUUCGUUUGUUUGAGGGUAAAGAACAUGCAUCUUCAUAUUGGAAGUAUAGGAUAUCUCCUUCCGAGGAGCUCAUCAGCAAGAUAAUGCAGUUUCUUAUGAGCAAUAAAGAGCCACCUUAUGAGCUGGCAGUGGAUGUUGGAUGUGGGUCAGGACAGGGAACGUUGCUCUUGGCACCGCAUUUUGCUCAUGUGGUGGGGACAGACAUCAGUCCUGCUCAAUUGGAGAUGGCAAUAAAGCAUGCUAGCUCCCCAAAUAUCACUUACAGGGAAUGUCCAGCGGAGGAGCUGCCUUUUGAAGAUGGCUCUGUGGAUCUUGUGGCCACCAUGUCUGCGUUCCAUUGGUUUGACCAUUCACGUUUUCUUCAGGAGGUUCACCGAGUCCUGAAGCCUCAUGGCUGCCUUGUGCUUCUCAAUUAUACUUUGGACAUGGAGCUUAGUUAUGGAGACUGUUCAGAGGCUUUAAACAACAUCUGCAAAGAGUAUUAUGCUGCCCUGUUCCCGUACCGGAACCCUUGCCUAGGUCCCAGUUCUCUUGACCUUUAUAACCAAACCUACAACUCUCUCCAGUAUCCAGUCAAAGAAUGGCAGGACACUUUUUGGGUGAGAAAAUGCGUAUCUGUAUCUCACUACAUUGGCAUGGUAGAGUCAUUUUCCAGUUUCCAGGCUCUCUUAAAUAAAGAUCCAGAAGAGGCCAGACGGCUUUCACAGGACAUCACACAAAGACUGUUGUGUGCAAUGGGCGUGACAUCAUCAGACACAGAAGUUGUCAUGGGAGUUAAACAUUUCUAUGUGCUGGCCUGCAAACCUGCAGAAGACUGAUAUUUUUUUGUUUUCAUUGUGUCAGUGCUGUAACAGAAUGGCAAUCAUCUGAUUUUAUAACAUUUAAAAAAAAUCAUAAAUUGUUAGCAGUACUAAAUAGUGGAAAGGUGAGGGUUACAGGUUGGUCAAGUGUAUAGCAACAAAAUGUGUCCAAAAGUAUACCAUCAGGGCAUUGCAGUAUAAAGUCUUGCUGCAAAGCAUAGUUAGACAGAAAUAGAUUGAAAAUAUAUUUGAAAGCACAUCCACUAGAGGGAAGUGUUGUCUUGUGGAUGCAGUCCAUAUGAAAACCAUUUCUGCUGAACAUUGUCCCACUGUGCCCACAAUCUAGCAAUUCCACGCUACAAUGAUUAAACACAGACUCGAUGCAUAGCUUUAUAACACACAGCGAGAAAAAGCAAACUGAGAGUGACAUUUCUGUAAACUUAAAAAUGUUUUCAGUAUUUUGAAUAAUCCUAACGUUACAUUUGUUUGUAUGAGCUGCUCAGAUGGAGAAGUUUAAUUUUCUAUCUCAUUUCAAACACAAUUACUCAGACACAAAAAACUCAGAUGACUUAAGACAUUUGUUUACUAUACAUACUUUGAAAAGUGAUGUAUUAUUUGAUUUCUACCUCCAUAUACCCCACAAGAGUCAUAAGGUUCUAGUUACGUGUAAGAAAGUUUGUUAGUGGUUUGACAUUGUGUGUCUUUGUCCGAGCUAUGAGGAAUGGCAGAGAGUAAAUGCAGGGAACGAAUGGCAGGAAGUCUGUGUUCAUAUAACUUUCCAAGAAAAGUAAUGCACAAACUUAUCCCUAUCGAAUGACAGCACAUGAUACAGUGAGUGUAAGAGAAUAGUGUCAGCACGCAUAUGACAGAGAUGACAGGUGGCACUACACAACGUAUAGAUGAAUUGAUACUUUUCUGUUACAAUUAUAUAUUGCUAGCAAUGGUUAAAACAAUGUCCAUGUUCUGCACCAAUCAUUUAGGAAUUCCCUUAUUACAAUAAGAAUAAACAUAAAAAUGUAAAUUUUUGGUAUAGAAGUCUUACACGUGUUAAAGGGAUAGUUCACCUUAAAAUGUAAAUUCUGUCAUCAUUUACUCAUCCUCAUGUUGUUCUUAACCUGUAUGAAUUUCUUUUUUCUGAUGAACACAAAAUAAGAUAUUUUGAGAAAUGAUGGUAGACACAGCAGAUAGUGACCAUUGACUUCCAUAGUAGGAAUAAAAAAAUAUGAUGGAAUUCAAUGGGUACGUCAACUGUGUGCUUACCAUCAUUAAUCAAAAUAUUUUCUUCAUCAUUUAUCACAAUACUUUCAAAAUAUUUGUUCCCUACUAUGGAAGUCAAUGGUCACUAUCUGCUGUGUGUUUACCAUAAUUUCUCAAAAUAUCUUCUUUUCUGUUCAUCAGAAAAAAGAAUUUCAUGCAGGUUUAGAUGAGCAUGAGGAUGAUUAAAUGAUAACAGAAUUUUUAUUUUAAGGUGAACUAUCCCUUAACAACUAACUGUGUCUAUGCAAAGUGUAGUUUUCCAACUUCUGUCAUGACAAACUACAGUAAUGUUCACUUAGAUAACAGUAAUGGACUGAGCAAUUCCAAUGUUAUUGAUGUGGCCUUUGCACUUGAAAUAUAAAUUCUCACAUAAUGCAUUUAUUACCAAUUAAACCAUCUGUUUAUAUUUUUGUAAUCCCCUGGAGUUCAGACAUAAAAAAUUUAAAUGAGGUUAACGUGUAUGCUUUAUACAGAUGUGACACAACGUUUUUGGGACAAUUCUGUAAAUUAAAAGGCACAAACCAGAAGCAAUAGUAACAAACAAAUAAAGAAAGGAUGAUUUUUUUAAAAUA